GGCAUCCAAAACAAUAAGGUGCACUUGCUGGGCGACCAAUGAGCGAUGCCACCUGUCUAGGAACGAUAUUGAGGAGGAAAAAAAAGGCAGCGAUUAAGGAAGAAAGAAAGGGCGAUGCCUGUUGCCUUUCCCACGAAGGCUUAACCCACACACGCAAUCCUCUCUGUCGUUUCUUCCCUGCCGAUUUGCCGCCGCCUCCGCCUCCGCCAAAUCCACAUCGCCGACGUGCCCCGUUGCCGGAACGAGACAGGGGGGGUGGGAGCCGAACGAGGGCAGCGCGGCUUUCCGUGGCCGCGAUGGGCGGAGGGCGAGGGCGAGAUGGGAGGCGGGACGAGGGCGGCAUGGCGUUCCGUGGCCGCGGUGGCCGGUGGGAGAGGGAGAGAGGGGAGGCCGGACGAGGGAAGCGUGGUGUUUCGUGGCCAGAGUUCGCCAGGAGAGGGUCCAGGCUGCUCUGCGAGGUUCUUCUCCGGCGACGACGCGACAGAGUUUCGCUAUCAACAAGCUCCUCUCACACCCAUCUUCUUCUCCCCUUGGUUCGGUUCGAUUCAAUUUGGAUGCUGCGUUGCUAUUACUCGCACAAGUCUGAUUUGUUUUCUCACGCAGGUCGUCAACGCCUGUAGCUGGCUGCGACCAAGCAUGGGCCGGCUACCUCUAGAUGGGCACGGGCUGCUCCACGCACGGACGGCAAGCACGGCGACCAUGGCCAAGGAGGAGGGCAUGAUGUGGGAUUUGAGGGAGCGUAUGAAGAGCAAAAUGAUGAAAUCCAUCAGGUCUCUGCUAUGUAAGCUGGAAGCUGGCAUCUUAAUGUUUGUUAUCCCCAUCCUUCUUGGACACCUGGAAACUCAUGGGUGAAUCGUCAGUACAUCAGGAUUUAGAUUGCUGACCCAACCUUCUCCUCUCGGAUCCAUGCUCUUGGAUACAUGAGUACUGAUGUUUGGACCACCUAUUAAAGAUUUAGGUGAUGUGUUAAGGUAUGCUUUGUCCACACACCAGAAAACUGGGGAUGUCACCGAAAAUCUCAAGAAUUAUAUGUUAAGAAGCAGAGUUAUGCGAGCACCAUUGGUUUGUGCAAGCGUUGCCGCCUCAACCGGCCGGUCCAAGCUCCAACCCACCAGCAAGACGUUAUGAUUUCGUUUGACUCCUGCACCAAGAGGCCGGAUGAAACCCACCACCAACACAACGCUGUUUCACCUGUCGAGCCCAUUUUUAAUUGCCGCAGAUCUGACCAGGUACCAUGAUUUCUCUCCUCUAUAAGCAUCACCUCUUUCAAACUUACCAAAUCCGCAUAUUUAGUUCCACAGAUCUAAUUCAUACUGCACACUUUUGAAGUAUCCUAUACAGUGUGUAUGUAAAUGAGGCUAGAGGUAUAUAUCCUACCGUGAACUAAGAAUCUAUGGUAAAAAUACACGCUCAUGGUACUGCAGGUUCUUGUAGUCUACUUGAAAUGUUUGUCAUAAUCUGAUUUCGUUUCGAAUGUUUAUGUGUUGCUUUUCUCCAAUUCCUCAACUGGUAUUGUGCGAUUAGUUCAAGAGUCAUCUCAUGAACAUAAUAGCAGCACCAGUAAGAUGUGCUUGAGAGGUUCUUACAACCCCUGUACACCAGCUACUUUUUUAUUUUUAUUGGGUAAUGGACAAAACUUUGGCCAGAUGAUGUUUGUAACCAGUUAAUUUGUUGGGUACUUUACAUGGCAUUUUUCUAUUAAUAUAUGUUCUUGUUGCAAUUUCUGAAACCAAGCUCAAAUAAUCUUAAAUGAGUGCAAGUUGGGAAAAUAUGAAGGAGAACCUGGGUACCAGCGCACCCUAUAUGCAAAAAAAAUAGUAAUUCAAAAAAAGUUUAAAAAAUUCCGAAUAUUUUUUGGUAUCAAACAUGAUCAAAUAUUGUAGUCAUACAAAAAGAUUGGUCAGAGAAUGACUUCCGUUGUAGCAAAAAAAAAACGCUAUAUAUAAGUACUAUACACGCUAUAUUAUCGUCAUAAACUUGUCUUUUUUGCCCUGAAGUUAAUAUAAAUCAUUUUUUGUCCAAACUGUUUAUAUGAGUACAAUACCUGAUCAUGUUUGAUUCCAAAAAAAGAUUUGGAAUUUUCUGAUUUUUUAAUUACUAUUUUUUUGGCACAUAUAGGGUGCGCGGGUACCCGAGAGCACCAAGUUCCCGUCCGUGCAAGUUGGUACUACUUUGUAGUUAGACUUUCCAUUCCAGCCACCUUAUAGUCUUAUUCUUUAUUGUCAUUGUCAUGCUGCAGUAAGACACAUAGAAUAAAAGGUUCAGUCAUCACGACUGAUAGUACAUUCAGUUGUUGAGGAUCUCGCAUGUUGUCCCAUUAAAAGGUUCAGUCAUCACGACUUUCUUCAAACGAUAUACCUGUAUAUGUUGUCUUAAAUGAACUACUAGGUUAGCUAUGAAUUGGCUUUCCAGUUGGUCAUGUACAUAUGGCUAGGCGGAUUAGCAUGUGAUUUCUGCUUUAGAUAGGAGCUGUUUUGUUGCCACAGAAGCUACACAGUGAAAUAUACAUUUUACUCA